CCAUUUGUUUUUUACAUCAAUAGUCACUAAAUGAUACAUUGAUACUUCUCCAUUAGAUACCAAAAAAACAUUAUAGAGAAGGGCUUAAAAACUUGUGAAGAUUGAAUUAAUUCAUUAAUACAACUUGAAUCAUCACUGGGUUAUUCUAGCAAUAAUGGCACCCUGGUCCCUCUUGCAUUACUGUUGGGUAAUCAAUGGCAGUUAUGCAAAUAAAGGUUCGGAUGAAGAUGAUUGCAUUGACUUUUUAAUGGGGAAAAAAUCACAGUUACGUUAGAUGGCAUCGACAAAUCCAAAUUUGUAUUACUCCUGAGUAUAAGAGUAGAUUCGCAUACCUUGGCAAAAUGGAAAAUAAAAUGGAUCUAAAAAAAGUGAAGGAAAACAACACGACAUUCUUAGAACUGUGGAAUAAUUUUAAAGGGAGCUGCACAAUGCAUGGCGUAGGUCAUAUGUCAUUUACGCUGAGAUUCCGUUGUGUAAUUUGGUUGGCUGCCUUUGGAAUAUCAACUGGUUAUCUUUUAUAUUUUCUUCACGAAGAAUCGGUUGCAUACAAUAAACGUCCCUUCAUGACAUCUGCCUCUGUAAAGAGUGUUGCUUCAAUCCAGUUUCCGGCCGUUACCUUUUGCAAUAUGAGUCCCUAUAACAAAUCAAAGGUUGCCCCAGACCCUAGAGAUUCCACGUACCACAUGGCAAUUUCUCCGCUGAGUUCUAUUGUCGGACCAGUUAAUUGGUCAGAUCCAUAUUACCAAGACAACGGGUAUUUCAGGUCAAGAACAAAUAGUGACAUUAAAUACAAGACAUUGGACAAAUCACGGAUGAUUCUGAUGGUUCUGUUUGAUAACAAAGAUGUAAUUGGUGAUUUAGAAGAGAAAGUGACCCGGUAUGGAAUGUGUUACACGUGGAACGCUGAUGGAUCAGCCACUACAACCUCUACUGGAAACGCCAUGAACUUCGUUGCCCUUCUGAACAUGAACAGCGACCAGAACUACCAAAGCAUAGACAGCAGCAAAGGAUUAAAAGCAGCUGUGCAUAAUCCCAAUGAGCAUCCAGCAAUUGAAGACAAUGGAUUCCUCGUUCCACCAGGAAGAAUGGCAUUGGCCAAACUUUCAAAGACAACACAUUCUUAUCUUGGUACACCGUUUAAAGCCUUUGGUGAUGACUACUGCUUAUAUACAACCGCUGAUGAUUUCGUUAACCCUGUGCAUCCAAGUCCAUACAGCAUAAACGCCUGUAACCAAAAGUGUGGAGCUGAUAGUACAUAUCAGCGCUGUGGAUGUGUACCACUUGGGAAUAUAGGAAAUUAUACAAUUUGUUCCCACUACCAAUAUUAUCAGUGUUUUUUCAACGCCUCCUCGUCAAGUACGACAGUUUCAAGUUUACCUGGAGCAUGUAAUUGUCCACAACCAUGCCAACAGACAACUUAUGACAUCAGCGUCUCCUAUGCUCUGUUCCCUUCAGAAGAAGCAGGAUCCUUUUUGGAAAGUCGAUUUGGUUUUUCAAAAGAAUAUGUCAAAGAAAACUUUAUAGAACUCCACAUCUAUUUUGAUUACCUUAAAGUGCAUGAUGUGAAACAAGUGCCGGUGUAUGCAUCUUCAAAAGACCUUUUAGCAAACAUUGGCGGUCAGAUGGGACUCCUUCUGGGAGCAAGUUUGAUGUCCCUACUGGAAAUCGCCGAGUUUUUUGUUAACUGUGUGGUUCUUCUGACGAAAAAAUGUUGGAAUAAAUUAUCCAAUUUGAACAAAGUUUGUAAAGUAAAGGAGUACGGUAAUACACAUCAAAACUGAUCUGCUGUAAAUUUACAAUAAAAUGGUAAAAACACACUCUGUGCCUACCAUUGUUUCUCUAGUCUAACUUCACUGAGAUUAAUUAAUAGCGAGCGCAGCUCGCCGGCGCGCAGCGCCGGCGCGAAGCGAGCUCUACCGGCAAGGCGUGUGUGAAUAGAAAAUUCGGACUAGUUGCACAUUCAUUCAACGGAUUUUUUUGGCGUCAGUAAAUCGGACCAGUAAUGCCUUGUUUUAAUCGUCCCAGUAAUUCCCUGUAAAUAUGGUUUCCCAUUUCACAC